AUGUCCUCCUUGCCUCCUCAGGCCCUGGAGAAGGUGGCUGCCUACAUGAAGUCGCCUCGCUUCCUGAAGAUGCCUAUCAACAACAAGAUGGCCAAGUGGGGCAACAAGAAGGAGGUGAUGAUUCUCCAGGAUUCCACGGGCAUGUCCAAGGCCAUCAGGGCCAGGGCCAGCCUGCAGCAUCGGGGACCAAGUGGCCCGUGCCCUCACCUCCCUCAUGAGCCGCCUGAGGAACAGCUUCUUUGCCGUGAAAGAGACAGUGCUGCAGCGAGAGCAGCUCUCGAAAAUCCUGCUUGUGGCACUCCUGUUAUUUCUCGCUAUUCUUUUUGGCUGGACCUGGUGCACGUCAGGAACGCGGAGACAGACAGAGGUGCCACCACCGACACAGCAAUUAAUUAUGAGAUCUCUGGCUACCAGCAGAAUUGGAUGUCCAGGUUUUUCCAGACCUUCCGUGCUGCCCGCCGUGGUGAUCCUGAUGUGCAGGGUGAUGAUUCUCCAGGAUUCCACGGGCAUGUCCAAGGCCAUCAGGGCCAGGUGACCAUCACCUUGAGAGGAGAUGGACAGACGCACCUCUCCAUGCGCCUUGACUCUAAAGAUGCUUCUGUGCCUGUGACCAUUGAUCCCUCCUGUGAAGACUGUGGAAGUUGUGGGAGGAAGUGUCGAGGAAGUCUCUGGCCCUGGUGAAAAGACCACAAAGCCCAUGCAGUUCCAAUUCCCACACCAUGGGCAAGGACACCCCGCCCUGGAUCGGCUGGCCCUACCCAACCUGGAACACCCCCAUGGAUGGGCAUUGCAUGGGAUUAGAACUGGAAAAUCUUGGAGUAGUGUGUACACAAAGCUUUUUGUGAUUCUGCUUGCUUCCUUUCUGUCCCAUUAAAACAGG